CUGCACCCUCCUGGCCUCCUCUGCGCAGCAACAGGCAAAAGCAAGUCAGCAAGCACGAGUACGACGCUGACGCGUCCAGCAACCCACCCUACUUCCGAGUUCCGCCAAUCCGUCGAUCUCUGUUCAGCAUUUCUGCCGCCGCCCGCCUUGCCGGAGGCCUGAGAAUCUCCCUUUCCUAUUUUGGGUAAGUUUUUAAAUUUAUUGUGUAUUUUUGGAGUUUAUUCAUUACCAAUCCAAUUUUAUUAAUUGUUAAUUUUUUGUGCAAUUCUAUUCUCAUUUAAUAAAAUGUUAAUUGCAUUGUAAUUAUGAUUUAAUUUUUAUAAUGCUAUUUUUACAAUUUUAUGAUUUAGUUUCUUAUAAUGUUACAAUUAUACUCAUAUUACUUAAAUUGUAGUCUUUUUAGGUUGUUUGACAAAGAAUUUAUAUGAAACGAUUAUACACCCCUAUUCCUAAAGGUAGUAAAGGGCGGAACAUUGGGUGUUAGUUAUCGAAUAAUUUAAUUUCUUCGUCAGUAAUGCUAUUCCUAUCACUGAAAAUAAUGUUAAAAAGCCUUGAAUCGAAGUUGAACUGCAUGGUUUUGUUACUCUGAGAAAGAUGUUUUUGUUAAAAUUGAGAAUGAAGUCAUUAUGAGACGAUUUCAGAGUAUGACACCUCGAAGACAAAGAUUACCACCUCGCAAUUAUCCCCUUUCAUUUGACGCAUCAAUUGCUAAUCAAAAUUAAGUUAUUCUUUAAUUAGUUGUUUUAUUUAAUUUUUUUGGUUACUAUAUUGAUGAUUGAUGAUAUAUAUGUAAUAUGAUUUAUGUGCUAAUGUGCCUCUACAAGAUACCCUAGCUGGUUCCGCCACCGCUGAUAAUGCCUCCUUCUGUAUAACUUGGUACAUGGUGGUGACAAUUUAACAAUUAUGAAGCUGUGCCCUAUGCAUCCUUUUUUGCUAAUUGGUUAUUUGAUUCUUGGUAUUCAUUUAAUUAGUGUGAGGGAUGAAAUGGUUAUUUGAUUCUUGGUAUUCAUCUAAUUGUGGAUAUACAUUUAAAACCAGAUCUUGUGCGUGUUAUUGCUGAACGGUCCGUACAUAUUAAGUUUAUCCUUUCUUCGCCAUGUUUGGCAAUGAGUUGUUUUGCAUGAGCUGUUAGUGCUUUAUAUUAGUUGAUUGAUGUUAGCUCUUUAUAUUAGUUGUACCAACUUUUCACUUUAGAUAUUAAUGUGGAGGUAAAGAGCUUUUAGUUGCUUAAGUGCACAAGAUGUACAAUAAGAAUCUGUUUAGAAGGCUUUCUUUUAAAAAAUCCCAAAAACGCUUCGUGAAAAUGGGAUCUUUGUGUGACUUUAGCUAGUUUGGCAUGGUCAGUCACGUAAAUCUUUUUAUACAUAAAAGCAUUACAAAUCUUAUUUCUUCCUCCUGCCCAUUUUACAUAUUCAAUCUCAGCCUUCCAUAAUAUGCCUCAUUCAUGCAUUUUCUAUGAGUUUUUUUAUCUGACUGAGGGAAACAGAUUAUUAGCUGUCCAUAGGCAUUUCAGCAGAGUCAUAGACAGAUAGUCUACUCCGGCAGAUGUUUUAUGAAGCAUUCAAGGGAGCGGUGGAGAGAAUUGCCCACCUACACGAUCAUAUUUGCUUCCAUUGACAAAAGCUUCUUCAACGUCAAACCUUUCAUGACGUCUUUGAUAACUUGGAAGAAAUUCAUCUUCGAAACCCAUCAAUGAUGGAUGAAAAAAACCAUUUUUUCAAAUGACCGAUGAUUUGUCCACUCAUGUGAUAGACUGAUGAGAGACCAAAACUUGCAUAAUCACAUCUGUCCCUCGGAUUUCUAUGCUUUGCUCCUCCAGAAGAGCCUUAAAAUCAAGGACCCGUUCUCCACCAGAUUGAUCCAUGCCCGUAUAAUCAAAUGCGGCCUACAUUUAGGCCAGUUUCUCAUGAAUAAUCUCAUCAAUGCAUAUGGGAAAAAUGGGAUUGUUUCUGAUGCUUGUAGGCUGUUUGAUGAGUUGCCUACAAGGGACGCAUCUUCCUGGAAUACAUUGCUAUCUGCUUAUGUGAAAAAUGGCUUGAUCCAUGAAGCGCGACUCCUAUUUAGAGAGGUGCCUCUUCCCGAUGAUGUCACUUGGACAACUAUGAUUGUUGGGCAUAAUUUUAUUGGUCAGUUCAAAGUUGCAAUUAAGAUGUUUAUGGAGAUGAUUUUCUGCUAUGCUUUGCCUACACAGUAUACAGCUACAAGCAUUCUUGCUUCUUGUGCUGCAAUUAGAUCAUUGGACUUGGGCAGGAAAGUGCAUUCUUUUGUUGUCAAAUUUGGUCUAAGUAGGCAUGUUUCUGUAGAUAAUUCGUUGUUGAAUAUGUAUGCCAAAGCAGGUGAUCUUAGUACAGCUGAGAUUAUUUUUGAUAGGAUAGCUGUAAAGAACAUAUCUAGCCUGAACACAAUGAUUUCGUUGUACACGCAUACGGCCCAGGUAGAUCUUGCACUGGCACUCUUUGAGCAAAUGAAUGAUAGGGACAUUGUUUCCUGGAAUUCAAUCAUUGCAGGUUAUAAUCAACAUGGAUUUGAUGUUGCAGCAUUGAGUAUGUUUUAUAGAAUGCUUAGGCAAUCCUCAUUGAAGCCUGAUAAAUAUACUUUAGCAAGUGUGUUAUCAGCUUGCACUAAUCUUGAAGUGAUCCACAUAGGGAAACAAAUUCAUACUCACAUUCUUAGAACCGAGUUUGACACUUCUGGGGCGGUUGGGAAUGCUCUGGUAUCCAUGUACUCCCGAUGUGGAGCAGUAAGCACCGCCCAAACCAUUUUGGAGCAAAGUAGAAUAUCAGAUUUAAAUGUCAUUGCCUUUACAGCCCUAUUGGAUGGUUACAUUAAGCUUGGUGAUAUAGAUCCAGCAAGGAAGAUCUUCGACUCUCUAAAGGACCGGGAUGUGAUUUCAUGGACCGCUAUGAUUGUCGGUUAUGUGCAGAACGGCUUCUACAAUGAUGCAAUGGAUCUCUUUAGAUUAAUGUCUCAAACAGGCCCAGAACCCAAUAGCUAUACACUAGCAGCUAUGCUUAGUGUUUGCUCAAAUUUAGCAUCUUUGAAUCAUGGCAAACAAAUCCACGUUGCUGCCCUAAAAUCAGGGGAAGCAUCAUCAAUAUCUGUGAGUAAUGCUUUGAUCACCAUGUAUGCAAAGGGUGGAAGCUUAAGUUGUGCUUGUAGUGUGUUUAAUUUGAUACUACCUGAAAAAAGAGAAACAGUAUCUUGGACUUCGAUGAUCCUAGCAUUUGCUCAACAUGGAUUUGGAGAGGAAUCCAUACAGUUAUUCGAGGAUAUGCUGGCCAUGGGCAUCAGGCCCGACCAUAUUACUUAUGUGGGUGUUCUCUCUGCCUGUAUACAUGUUGGCUUAGUGGCAAGAGGCCGUCAAUACUUCAAGAUGAUGAGUGUUGUGCAUAGUAUUGAACCCACUCCAAGCCACUAUGCCUGCAUGAUCGACCUCUUCAGCCGUGCUGGACUACUACAAGAGGCACAAGAUUUCAUAGAGAAGAUGCCUCUUGAACCAGAUGCCAUAGCUUGGGGUUCACUUUUAGCGUCAUGUAAGGUUCACAAGAAUGUUGAUCUGGGAAAACUUGCAGCGGAGAGAUUGCUUAAAAUUGAUCCUGAAAACAGUGGGGCCUACUCGGCACUUGCUAAUGUAUAUGCUGCUUGCAGGAAGUGGGAGGAAGCUGCUAAAAUCAGAAAACUGAUGAAGGACAGACAGGUGAAGAAAGAACAGGGAAUUAGCUGGGUUCAGAUAAAGAAUGGAGUCCAUGUUUUCGGAGUUGAAGAUGGGCUCCAUCCCCAAAGGGAUGCUAUAUAUCAGACGAUGGAGAAAAUAUGGAAAGAGAUUAAAAAACUGGGUUUCGUUCCAGACACUGAGUCAGUGCUGCAUGAUCUUGAUAAUGAGUUGAAAGAGCAUCUCCUUCGGCAUCACAGUGAAAAGCUUGCUAUUGCAUUUGGUCUGCUAAAUACCCCUGACAACACUACUUUAAGGAUCAUGAAAAACCUUAGAGUUUGUAAUGACUGUCACUCUGCCAUUAAAUACAUCUCCAAGCUUGUUGGUAGAGAAAUUAUUGUUAGAGAUGCCACUCGUUUUCACCAUUUCAAAGACGGGUUUUGCUCUUGUCGGGAUUAUUGGUAAAAAGGGAAAGUGCGUGUAAGCGUGUUGAAGUUGAAAGAGCAUUUCAAACCUGGAAACUCUGGCAAGACUUUGUCAAGGAAAAGGUCUGUGAAGCCAAAAAUAUGAACCAAGAGGGAAUCCAGAAGAAGGCAAUGUCAAAUGAGCGAGUAAAUAAAUGCUGCAUUUGGAAAUAUGAGAUUCUACAAGAUAUAUCCUGUCUACUCACAUGAUGCUUUCGAUGUAUCACUUGUGAAGUCAUGGCUGGAUUGGCUCCCAAGGGUUCUGCAUUUGAUGCUCAUCAGUAUGAUAUCAAAUGAAAGAAUUGUACGUUUGAUCAAGCAUUUUAAAUUUUCUUUGCAUGCAUAAAUAGACUGGUGAAGACACGGUUUUUGACCCCCCCGGAAAAAGUAUUUUGUAUUUCACAUAUACUCCAGUACCAUUUAAAAUAUUAGAGUUGGACGCAUAGUCUGGGCCAGUGAAUUGUCUUUGUAGGAUAUCUAUUGAUGCGAUAUUGUGUCAUUUUUCACAUCCUAUAAUGAGGUGUAUGAUAUCUUUGACUCCAUAGUCUUGCAAGAAAGCCCCCUUAGAGGAAUAUAUGUGAUAGAGUAUAUGGGUCCAGGCCCCAUGACCCACAUACUCGGAAGAACAAGCACUGCUGUUACCCAGUGGGACCCCCGUCGGCCAGACGUCCUCGUCGGCCAGAUACACAUCAUCUCAGAAUAUGGUCCAGAGUCCAGGAGACCCGGGUGGUCCCUUCGGUCGAGGCUCCGUCGGCCAUGGCUUCAUCGGCUAGACCUCCGUCGGCCACAGGAAGCUCACAGAACCAGAUUUGUACACUUAAUUAGUAUAUUCGAAUGUAAUGAGCCCAAUAGAGGCCUUAUCUUGUAAUGGGCCUCCCAAGCCCAAGACUUGGAAGCCCAACCCAUAUUUCCCUAUAAAUAUCCCUAUCGGAGGUAGUUGGAAGGGGUUGACAAAUACAUUAAUUGCAUAUUUAUUUCACUUCUCUCUCUAGCUCUCACUUCUCUCUAAGGGUUAAUACUCUAUUAAUAUGCUUAUGGUAAUUUUUUCCAAAUCCCAAUGUUUAUUGUUUUUUAUACAACUUGUACUCUGAAUUUAUAAGCUGAAAACAUAUUGCGUUCUUUGCAACUUACUAGUAGAACACUAAGGUUUAAAGCUGACAAUAUACUGCCUUGUAAUUGUGCUAGUGGAACAUAUAUGUCAUUUUGAAUAGCUGAGGUGAAACCUUGUUUAUUCAAUGGGCUCAAGUGCUGAUUUUAUGCAUUUUACAAGUUAACUUAACUAUGAAAGUUUUAACAUUAGCUUCCUAAGGAGCUACAUGAGCUUCUCAGACAAUUUGUUUAAAUUGAUAGUGAACAUCCCCAGUUAAGUUAAAGAAAUAAUUACAUACAUAUGACUAAAAUAAAGAUUGUUUACAAAAAUGUGACUAGUGACUAGAGUAAUAAUGAAAUCGUUGUAGUAACCAUUAGUCAAAUUUGUGUAAAUAAGUGAUAUUUUAGUAAUAUUUUUGUAAAAAAUCCUUAGUACUGCAGAAGUGUUUGCAAGCUGCAACAACUUUUAAAAGUGAUGUUUAGUUUUUGCUAAAAAAGUGUUGUUAGAUACAUGCUUCAAUUUAAAGUUAUAAACUGUAAAAAUAGAGUGUUUGAAAUAUUCUUUAACUUUUUCUAUUAAAGAAAAUAUAAUUUUUCAUGACUUACCUUUUCAAAUUAUUUAGUAUUCGAUCAGAGAAAGUCCUGUAUUGGCUGUAUAGGUCGUAGAGUUAAAUCGUCAACCUGUUCUGAUCUGGCUGCUAUAAACUCUAUUCUGCAUCCCCUCUUCGACCUUUUGGAUUGUGUUCACCCCUGUUCAUUCAUUGCUUAUUCAUAUCAAAGAGAAACAAUAUCGAAUCAUGAAGACCUCGAUCUGCUCCCAUCGCUUCAAGAUAGGGUUUUGCAAACACCUUUUGCGUCUCCAUCAUCUCACCCUACUGGAAUUUGCUUUCUGGAGAUGCACUUUGGGGUGUUGGGCAACAUUCAGAGUCUUAACUGAGAUUAGACAACCAAGGACUAGCUCUUCCGUAAAGCUAUAUGCAAUAUGGAAAAUGGGGUGCUUGGAUGAAAAGACUUUCAGUUUUUUUUGUUUGGCGAUGCUUAUAAGAGACAUAACAAUGAGAAGCUUGGGGAAGUGGUUGCACUUUUCAAUUGCAGUGUCCUCAAGGAUAAUUCGGAGGGUUGCUUUUGUUUGAGCUCAUUCCAGCAAGUAGCAUUCUAAAGAUUGGCACAUCUGUCGACUAUGGAAUUGCAAGGGGACAAGGAAGGAUGAAAUGGCCUGCACAUCAUUCAUUAAUAAGUAUUUUGCUUCAACUCUACAUCAUAUGUGUAUAAGUAUAUCUGUAAAAAAGAUGUGCAUUGUUUUUGGCUACAGAUGGUGAUUAUCAGAUGGUUUCUGCUCGAUAUAUGUUUUAGGGAACUAAGAAACUCUAGGACAGUGUCCUAUUGAUAUUUGCAUUUUCUAGUUAACUAACAGAUGUAUUUAGUUUUCACCGAAAUGUAAUAUCCAGGAUCAUAAAUUCAUAAUGCACCAAUCUUGUACCGUAAAAUUAAGGGUCCAUUUGGAACAUGGUAAAUGCUACAGAGAAAAUAGGGAGG